AUGUCGACACGACAGCUUCGCAAGCUACAGAAGCAGCGGGAACUGGAAGCCAAGGCGAUCCAAGAACCCGAAGGCAGUGAAGACGACGGAGACGAUGAAGAGAGCGCUCCCGUAGUGGCCAAACCGCGGCCGAAUCUCUUCGCUGCGCUCCUGGAGGAAGAGGUCGAAGAUGAAGAUGAGGUCGAAGCCGACGAUGCUGAUGAGAGCAAAGAGCAAGCACCGGCAGCAGACGCGCCAGCUCUCACCGCUACCAGCCGGAAGAAUAAGAAGAAAAAGAAGAAGAGCAAGAAGAAGGCCGCAGCUCCGACCCAGGAUGCCGAACACAGCGAGGACGAUGAAAUCGACAGGGCCAUUAGGGAAUUGAAGAUUGAGCCAAAGCCCCAGGCGGCGUCUGCUCCAGGCGCCACUCCCGCAUCCAACGGCCUCUUCAAGAUCAACCUCCACAACCUCAAGGAGGUCCAUGAGAUGCGAAACCUGUUUGGCCGAGAGACCAUUGAAUCGGCGCACGCAGAGGAAGCGGAGCAGCGACGUCAAGGACUCAUGCCGCAGAAUGUGGACCUGGAGACAUUUCUGCGAGGACCGCCCAACGUUCGCAAGCUUCCCGAGGUGUCCCGAAGACGCAACAUCUUCAUCCAGGGAAGAGAGCACUGGCCGAUGGGCUCCCCCGGGGGCCUCACCUUGAAGGAGCUCGGCAAGACGUACGAUGGGACAGGAGUCGAGUUUACCGUUUUCCACAACCAAGAGUAUGAUCGAACGCAGCACAUGUUUUUCGCACAGGUGCAGAUGGGUGACCCGAUGAGGAUGGUGCACCUCCUCGUCAAAUACCCCUACCAUGUCUCGACAUUGCUACAAGUGAGCAGCGUGGCGAAGCAAGACCAGAACAUGGCGCUCGCCUCAGAGCUGUGUGAGCGCGCCCUGUUCAGCUUUGGACGAGUAGCUCCGCCCUCGUUCAAACAGCACCUCGAGCAGGGAACGGCCCGUAUGAAUUUUAGGCGGCCGGAGAACCGCCAACUGUGGCUGGCUGGAUAUCACUACAUCAAGAGUCUCAUCAGGAAAGGGACCUACAGGACAGCGCUAGAGUGGGCCAAGCUUCUCUACACCCUGGACCGCACCGAUCCAUAUGCGAUGAGGCACAUGAUUCACUUCUUAGCCAUCAGAGCCUACGAGGCGGACUGGCUUCUCGAAUUCCUGAAUCAGCUGGAUCCGGAGAGCAGCCGGGAUGACACGGCGUACAUCCUGCAGAGCCGAGUAUUGGCGGACUUGCAGAUUGGCGACGAGAAGAGAGCACGAGAGCAUCUUGCCGAAGGCAUGCAGCGGGUGCCCUGGCUAUACUGCGCUUUGUUCCAGGAGCUGAACCUCGACGCACCGCCGUCUGUCUGGGGCAUCAAUGCCGAGUCGGACACGAGCGCUUUCUGGGUGAAGCUGUACCUCUAUCUGGCUAAGGAUCUAUGGAACAAUCCUAGGACAAUUGAGCUCUUGAAGGAUGUCGCCAAGGGCCUCGGGCGGGUCGACGCAAAGGCUUUGCCAAAGGACAACCUGCCGAUUGACCUAGGCGCCGCUCGACUGGCCUACAUUGACGGGCAGACCUCACUGCUGGCGCUGGUGCCACGCAAGAUGCUGGAGCAACAGCCCAACUACGAAUUCGAUCCUCUGCCGCCGGCAGAGAAGGAUAACAUCUUCACAGCAGAUGGAUGCAGACUUCCCUGGCUCGAGGAGCGGCGGGAGGCAUUGCCAAGCUCGCGGCGGCUCGACGCCAUGAUAGCGCAGCUGGAAGACCUCCUUGCGCGGCGGGUCCCUCCGGUGACCCACGAGGACGAGGACCGGCUGGUGGACGAGCUCCAGAACGCGGCGUUUCUUAACGAGAACCGCGAGGCCGAGGACGGCACACCCGGGGAAGCCGUGCCGGUGAGCAACGAAGACCGGGGGAUGAUUCGCGCGCUCGUUCGGAUGUUUGGCUUUGGAGGAGGGGCGGAGGCGGCGGCGGACGCGACAGGGGCAGACGAUGCAGCUGGAGAGCAGUAUGACUGGGAAGAGGAGAACAACGACGGUGAUGAUUCGGGGACCGCGGAUCUUCCAGGGGCAUGGCCUUCCGAGGAGGGUCGGCGGGAAUAAGAGACGGGAGUAGCCGUGUUUCCUGGUGAAUGAAUGUUGGUCGAUGUUGUUGGUCUACGAUUGGUACGGAGAUGGCCGCUGAUGCGAAAUGUCGCUGUUGGAUGUAUAGAAGAGAGCUGAGUACAGUG